AUGAUGAAAACGGUAGACCUUACUGCCGCCGUUACGGCUCAUUAUCUUCCAAUCUUGAAGAUCAUCUUGAUUACUGCUGUUCUGUGGCAAUUGCUAGCUGCGGGCUACAAUUUGUUCUUCCAUCCUCUUCGCAAGUAUCCAGGCCCUCUUCUACAACGUGCCACGUCAUUACCUUGGGCUUUACAAAAUGCGACAGGAAACCAAGCCUUCUGUACCCAAAAACUCCAUGACCGCUACGGGCCAGUGGUGCGCAUUGGUCCACGCCACUUGUCGUUCACUCAUGCAGAUGCGUGGAAAGACAUUUAUGGGUUCCAGCCCAGCAGCAAAGGUUCGACUGAGAUGCCCAAGUCCAAAGUGUUUUCUGAAACGAUCGAGGAUCUACCCAAAAGUAUCCUCAAUGCCGACCGUAACAACCACCAGCGGCUCCGCCGUGCACUAGCACACGGUUUCUCAGACAGUUCAAUGCGAGAGCAAGAAGACCUGAUUAUCAAAUACAUCGACAAGCUUGCCUCCAGGCUUUCGGAAUACUCCAGGAAUGGAACCAAAACCUUUAAUAUUGAGGCCUGGUAUAAUUGGACAACUUUUGAUGUUGCGGGUGAUCUAAUUUUUGGGCAAUCCUUUCGCUGCCUCGAUCAUGCCAAUUACCACCCCUGGGUUGCUUUCGUAUUUAGCGCUAUACGGCUCGGUGCCGUUAUGACCUCUUUGAGAUAUAUAGGCCUAGGCUUUGUUGUCCAAGCUCUGUUCAAGAUUGGUGGAAUGAGAGCAAUGGCGAAAGUCAGGGAGAAUACAGAUGAGAUGAUGGAGGGUCGAAUGAAGAUGACUUCGGAGAGGAAAGACCUGUUUGAAGGGCUUCUGAGGAGGCGUGAGGAAUGGAACCUCUCCUUCGAUCAUCUUUCUGCAAACGCUCUAAUCCUAGUGCUGGCCGGAUCGGAAACGACUGCGACAACUCUCUCAGGCGCCACUUAUCUGAUUCUAACUCACCCAGAGGUUCACGAAAAACUAAAAGCAGAAGUUCGAUCAGCUUUUAACAGCUCGAGUGAAAUUAACAUCAACUCAGUCAGCAAGCUUACAUACAUGUUGGCAGUACUGAAUGAGACUUUGCGACUAUAUCCACCAGUAACAUCCGGACUUAUUCGAGAAGUUCCGGUCAAUGGCUACAACAUAGUUUCAGAGCACAUUCCUGAGGGAACAUUUGUUGAAAUUCAACAAUGGUCAUCAAACCAUAGCCCCGAUAACUGGACUGAACCGUGGGAAUUCAAACCUGAACGUUUCUUGGAGGACGAGAAGAGCAACAAAAACAGACUCGAUUCUCUCCAAGCGUUUAGUGUUGGUCCUCGCAACUGCAUCGGUCGAAACCUAGCUUAUGCAGAAAUGAGACUGGUUUUGGCCCGAAUCAUGUUCGACUUUGAUCUCACAUUGGGAGAGGGCAACAAAGCUUGGAUUGAAAGGCAACGGGCAUUUGGUCUUUGGGAUCGGAUUCCAUUGAGCGUGUCUCUGAAACCAGUUGUUCGAUGA